CAGUUUAUGCACUCACUCCACCGAAAACGAAGGGUAAGGAUCAAGAAAACCAACAAACAAACGAAUCAAACAAUUCUCACCUUUCUCUCUCUUCCAUACCAGAAUUAAUCACAUCACAUGAGUCAUCAGCACAACUAUAACAAUUGCGGGACUUUUUUGCGUAAAUUUUCUUUGGAAAUCUUGUUUUCUCUGUGAAUUCUCUGCAAUUCUAUGUCCUUCAGCUAGAUCUUCGAUUGCUUUCACUAGGGUUAUAUAUAUAUAUAUAUAUAUGUAUAUUUGAUCUCUUUGAUGUUCUCUUUCAUCUUUGUUGUGAAAUUGGGGCUCAGCAGUUAUGCCCGUGUUCGGAGAUGGAAUCUUUAGUGGAUGGCUAACAACAAUUCACCAAUGGCUGGAAUCCCAUCACAUGUCGAAAUGGGAUCAUUAGAGGAACAUUCAGUGAUUGAUCUCGAGGAUGAGUGCUUGAUCAACCAUGGGUCUAUUGAUGGGAGGACAAAACCUCCACAAAGAUAUAAUUCUGUUGCUUUAUGUUUGGAGGAUUCUGGUUGGGAACAUAUAUGGAAGAUUGUGUUAAGCAGAACCAAGGUAGUAUUCUUCUCAAACAAAAUCAACUUACUGGUGCCUUGUGGGCCUUUAGCAAUACUGGUUGAUUUGUUUACUGGUCAUCAGGGCUCGGUCUUCUUGCUAAGCUUGUUAGGCACCAUCCCUUUGGCAGAGCGUUUGGGUUGGAUUACAGAGCCUGUGUUGAUGCUUGGUGAAACUUUUUUGAAAGGAAGACACAAAGGUUGUUUAUUGGCUGCUACGGCGAAAAAUGGUAAUCAAGGUAUUUUGACUCCGGAGAGGGAUAUUGCGUUUGUUACUGAUCGACAUGGAGGUUUGCUGAAAGCUUUAGCUGAGGUCUUUCCGUUUUCUUGUCAUUCUUUUUGUCUAAUGCAUUUGAAGACAAACUUGAAGACUUAUUUGUCAGUGAAGAGUCGUGAAUCAAAAGAGUAUUUGCUUACUCUUUUUAGUAUAUGUGCAUAUGCUCCUACUAUUGAGUUGUUUAAUGAGCUAUUUGAAGAAUUUAAGGGUCGUUGUGGUCGUAGUGUUGAGAGGUUUCUUGAGGAUUUAUCUAAUGAGUGUUGGUGUAACGCUUAUUUUCAAGGCAAGAGGUAUGGUGAAAUGUGCACAAAUACUGCGGAAUCUUUUAAUUCAUGAAUUAGGAAUGAACGCCAUUUGUUUUCAACUAGUCUUGUUGAUGCUAUACGGGUGAAACUAAUGGAGUAAUUUUCAAGAAGGAGAGAAGUUGGGAAUAAGUGGAAUCGUAUUAUUUGUCCUUUUGCAGAGAAAAAGUUGGAAGAAGCUUUUAAUGAUACAAAAGCAUGGAUAGUUAAGAAAUGUAACGAUGACAUUCAUGAAAUCGAAUUGGAUCAUUCAGUUAUGGUUGAUAUUGGGAAACGUUGUUGUUCUUGUCGAUUGUGGGAAAUUGAUUCUUUUCCUUGCAAACAUGGUUUUUGGUUUAUAAAGAGGAGUGGGAAGGAUCUGAAUUGCUUUCUUGAUGAUUACUACCGUGUUAGUAGUUAUUAUGAUUCUUAUUCACAUUCUAUCUAUCCAGUUCCUAGUAUGUGGAAGCCAAAUGUAAUUGUUGAUGAUGACGUUGUUUUACCUCCUCUUUGUAAGAGACCAGCUGGACGUCCAAGAACGGAGAGAAUACCUUCUAAGGGCGAAAUCAAGAGAAUUAGAUGCAGUAGGUGUGGAAAGAUGGGAACUUAUAAUUGGAAGACAUGUAAACAAGCUUUGCUUUAGUUGUAUUGAUUUUAAUUGAAUUACUUUGUUUGAGAGUUGAGAGGUGUUACUUGCAUUGAAUGAUUGAGUAUUUUUUGAAAGAUGUAUCAUUUUGGUACUCGCAUUGAAUGAUUGAGGAAUUUGUUGAUUAGAAAUUAUAUUUUUUGCUGAUAUUUUUA